CAAGCAUGUCAUGGUGGGACUGGACAACGCCGACAAGACGACCAUUCUGUACCAGUUUCUGAUGAACGAGGUGGUUCACACGAGCGAUCGGAUCGAACGUGGAAGAGAUCGUGUGGAAGAAUAUCCACUUUUUGGUGUGGGAGCUCGGCGGGCAGCAAAGCUUCGGGCCGCAUGGAGCAUCUACUACACAAACACAGAGGUGGGUAGGCGCCCGGACCUGCCCUAAGGACAAUGGACGAUGCAACGGAGUGUACCAACGGAGCACAAAUCGCUUCUGACACCAAACUCAUCUAUUUCGUCGGAUUCGCAAACAUCGUUGAUUGCCAGAGCGUUGUUGUUGAUCUGAUGGGUAAACCGAACCCACCUCUCGAACGAUAGAUUGUAAUGUAAUACGUGCGUAGUAAUAAUAUUGUAAACCCGGCGAUUGUGCGUUCGUCGCUGGGGUAACGUAACUAAGUUUGUAUUUUUAAAAGA